AUGAAUUUUCUCUUUGGUCGCCGUCCCAGCCGAACAACUACAGGAGCAGAUGAAAAUUCAGGAAGAUUGAGAAAGGCGAAGCAUUUUUCUUCAAUCCAGAAUCUCUCCAGCAGCAGCUCCAGUUCUGCAAAUUCUACUUUGAAGAACUCCCAAAAAUAUGGAUCAACGAAGAGUUUAUUCACGCAUCCCGAGAAUGAGCAGUUCGAUUUGAAGAAUUCGAUCGACGAAAAUUUUGAAGAAGAGUUGAAAAAUAGAGACAGAUUCGACGAAAAACCGAAGCCGCUGAAAAGAAAGAAUUCCCUGACGGCUGGAUUUUUACGACCGAUUCGAAAAGACCGCCCAACUUGUCGAAGGCAAUCCGUUGCCGAAAUAAAUUGCUCGAACUUCAAACGAUCCGAUCCAGCGCGAGUUUCGUCGAGAAAAAGAAGGGAGAGCAAUUCCGGAAGGCCCAAUACUUGGCACGAGGGAAGCACUAGAACUCAGCAUCACCCCAGUUUGACGGAAAGUUUAGACGAAGAAGCGGAGUAUUUAGACAGCAACUCAAAUAUCAGCAAUUCCGAUAUCGAAGCUGAUCGAAAAUCCGUCGUUUCCGUUUCCGAAGCCAACCCUUCAAGAGAUAUUUCCAGAAUUCCACCGAAAAGGCAGAUUUCUGCGCCGACAACGAGUUCUAGGCCGAAGAAAAUUGUCAAAAACCCCAAAAAAAGAAUUGAUUUCCGAGCAACUUUUUCCCGCGACAAAACCUUCGCUGCUACAGUCGCUAACUACCAAGUGAUGAAGGGCCAAUGGCACGAAGCCUACCCCUCAACAUUCGAAGAAAUCCGAGAAGACAAGGAUGAAGUCAAACGGCAAAAUAUCAUCUGGGAAGUUGUCAAAAGCCACAUGGACUUUUGCGAAGAUCUUUUAACAGUCAAAAAUGUGUAUUACCAAGGUGUGAAGACCCUGGCGCCGGUGGAUGAGAGAAACGUCCCGCUCGUCGACCCAAAUGAGCUCUUUGGAAAUCUGGCGGAGGUCAUCGCCGUGAAUGAUGAUCUCGCUUGUCAGUUUCAAAAUAUUCGCGAUCAUCGGGGAUUAGUCCAAAGUAUUGGGCCCUCGUUGCUCGAAUGGAUUCCGAAGAUCGUUGUUUAUGCAGACUACUCAAAAGGUCUUGUGGAAAAGCGAAAUCGACUCGAGGAAGUUUUUCAAAUGGCGAAAAUCAGGGACUAUUUGGAAGCAGCUCAGCAGUCGGAUUUUUCGAGGAAAUUGUCGAUUUGGUCGAUGUUAGAUGCUCCGAGAACGAAAUUGCCGAGGAUGAAGAUGAUCAUCGAAAGACUUCAAAAAUCGACCCCUGAAGACAACGAAGACCACCAUCUUUUGCUGCAUGUGUGUGAACAGCUCGACCUUCAAACCAAGUACCUCAACGAUUGCAUUGCCGAAAUCGAGUUCAAAGUAAAGAGUAAAAGCUUGGAAUACGACAAGUCGCUUCCUCAUAAAGCACACCAAGCUCCCGAAGGCGCGACAAGAUUGCUCUUCAACGGAAAUAUCAAAGAGUCGAACAAAGAUUCCGAGCUCCUCCUCUUCAACAAUUGCCUCCUCAUCGCCAAGCGCAAAUCCAAAACUCGUCUGAAAGUAACCUUCUGUGAAAUUCUCGACAACAUCGACCUCGACCACCCUCAAAUUCAAAGCCCAAAGUUAAUCCUGAAAGUUCUUCAACACAACAAAAAUCUCAAAAUCGACGCUCUUCAAGCAAUCGACGCGAUGAACUGGCAUCGAAAAUUCGCGGAAGCGAAGAAAUCAUUCGUCGAAUCGUUCGUUUCUUCUUCUCCCGCGAAUCUCAUCGAACUCGACGGAGCAAAUUCACCGCUGCGCAUUCCCCCGGGGACCAAGCGCGUUUCUGAGAAAACGGAGCGACCAAAUAGCCUCUUUGGCAAUUUGUUCAGCCGCAAUCUAGCAAGCCGUCAGAACUCACCUGCGAUAAGACGCAAGACUUCUGGAGAUACGGAUGAGUCCAGACAAGCGAUAGAAAAAGCCAAAAAGAAACAUACGAAAUCAGAUCCACUUCUUUCGAACAAUUCCGCUUUCGAAUCCGAAGAUCUCAUCAAAAUUUCCGACGUUGUAACAACAGAUUCUUCGUCUCUGGCUGACGUGAGUUUUGCGGAUUCGGAGUCGACGAAUUCUUCGACAGAAGUGACAAUUAAUCGAUCUGCUUCGAAUUUGUCAACAAUGUCAGGAACAUCGUUCAUGUCAAACUCCUCCGACGGCAUCUCCACUCACCGUUUCGGCACUUCCUUCAACUCAAAUCAAAACCCGAAAAACCAACUUCAAGCCAAUCAAAAUCCAGUUCCCAAGAAGCAAUACAAAAAUUCCCCGCUGUGGAUUGCUGCGAAGACGAGCCGGAUCCAGACCUGA